GAGUGCCUCUCUGUGAUGAAUUCUAAUGAGCUACUAAGGGUGCCCGAGUGUGUGCGCGGACAGGCUUUUUCUUUCCCCUCCCCCUGCGUCUUCCUUUUCCCAAGCCCCCUCGUCUCCCUGUUUCCCCUCCUACUCCUUUAUCCCCUCCCUCUGUGUCUCAGUUCUGCAGUAAACGGGGCUGAGGCACAUUCCUGCUUUGCAAGGCUUUCUGUUAAGGAUGUUCUGUCGCUUUUGUUUGGAUUGCAGCAUGCAGAAUUACAGCUGUUCAGAGGAGACUCAUUACUGCAGCAGUUCCUAAUCCUCCUCCCUUCUCCUCUGCCCCUGCCCCUACCCUCACUGGCCUGAAGACCUUGUGCCCAGAAUUUGACUUGCUUCCCUGGCACUAUGUGUCUGGUAAACUUGACACUAUGGCCGUGUCUGGGACUGGCUAUACAACUGCUGCUGGCUCUGCCUCUUCCAAGGAAGUAAAGGGGGAUUGCGCUGCAGGCAACGCACCAGAGCAGCAGCAUCGCGAGCCUGGGCGUUAUUACAAACAGAGCUGACCGCAAUGACAGCCGCUGCUCCUUUGAACUGUUGGCAGCAGCCAAGCGGCAGCAUGAAGUGAGAGAUCACUCCUGAGCUCAAGAUGAACUCCACCUUGGAUGGUAAUCAGAGCAGCCGCCCUUUUUGCCUCUUGGCAUUUGGCUAUUCAGAAACUGUCAAUUUUUGCCUUUUGGAAGUGUUGAUUAUUGUCUUUCUGACUGUAUUGAUUAUUUCUGGCAACAUCAUCGUGAUUUUUGUGUUUCACUGUGCACCUUUGUUAAACCACCACACUACAAGUUAUUUUAUCCAGACUAUGGCAUAUGCUGACCUUUUGGUUGGAGUCAGCUGCCUGGUCCCUUCCUUAUCGCUCCUCCACUACCCUCUCCCGGUGGAGGAGUCCUUGACUUGCCAGGUGUUUGGUUUUGUAGUAUCGGUUCUGAAGAGUGUCUCUAUGACCUCUCUGGCCUGUAUCAGCAUCGAUAGAUACAUUGCCAUCACCAAACCUUUAACCUAUAACACCCUGGUCACACCCUGGAGACUACGCCUGUGUAUUUUCCUGAUUUGGCUGUAUUCCGCCUUGGUCUUCCUGCCUUCCUUUUUCCACUGGGGCAAACCUGGAUAUCAUGGAGAUGUGUUUCGGUGGUGUGCGGAGGCCUGGCACACCGACCCCCACUUCACCCUGUUCAUCGUCAUGAUGUCAUAUGCCCCCGCAGCCCUCAUUGUCUGCUUCACCUACUUCAACAUCUUCCGCAUCUGUCAGCAGCACACAAAGGAAAUCAGCGAAAGGCAAGCCCGGUUCAGCAGCCAGAGUGGGGAGACUGGGGAGGUGCAGGCCUGUCCCGAUAAGCGCUACGCCAUGGUCCUAUUCCGGAUCACUAGUGUGUUUUAUAUCCUCUGGUUGCCAUACAUCAUCUACUUCUUGUUGGAGAGCUCCACUGGCCACAGCAACCGCUUCGCAUCCUUCUUCACCACCUGGCUUGCUAUUAGUAACAGUUUCUGCAACUGUGUCAUUUAUAGUCUCUCCAACAGUGUCUUCCAAAGGGGACUGAAACGUCUCUCGGGGGCCAUGUGUAUUUCUUGUGCAAGUCAGACUAUAACUAAGGACCCAUACACAGUUAGGAGCAAAGGCCCCCCUAAUGGAUGCCAUGUCUGAAGUGGUUCAGAUACUGGGUCAGUGUGUGUGUGUGUGUGUGUGUGUGUGUGUGUGUGUGUGUGUGUGUGUGUGUGUCCAUCCUUUUUAUCUGUCUUCCUGUUCACUAGAAAAUCUGGAAUAAAAUAAUUGACUCUAAGCAAUAGCAAACAAAUGACCCAUCCAAAAAGCCUUCUAAGUUUGCAGAAAUGAUUUUCUAAGAAGAGCUUUUGAAUGAGAAGAAUCAGGACCAUGAAGAUAAAUUGCUCUUGGUUCCAAUUUUUGUAAUGUCAUGGAAAUGACUACAGUUCUCAGAUUUAAAAUGAAUAAAGCCAUAUCCAACACCUCUCUCCAGCUGGCAUGACUGAACCUGAGUGUGAAAAGCGUCAGCAUUUUAAAAAGUCAUCGUUUUCUUGUUGCUUUUCUGGGUUCUUUCCAGUUGUGUGGGCUUCAAAUGCAAUUGAUUUAACAGGGACGAUUAAAAUACAGUGAUGAAUUAAUUAACAGGGUUUUUAAAUUUUAUUUAUGUAUGCCAAAGUGUAACUACACUGCAAGUUUCAGCACUGUCAUUUAGGAAACCAAAUGUUUUAUGUCUUAUUCUCUUGAGAGAAGUCUCAAUACAGUGAAUAAUGUGGACACUUAAAACGUUAAUUUUAGAAUUUUGCAAUGAACCAUGAUACAAAAGUACAGUCAAAUAUUAGACAAUUUAUGAGAAACCAAGCUUCUUUUUGUGCUAUGCUUCAUGGAGAUUUAAAGAAAUGUGUGCAUAGAAAAUGAUUCUGUUACAGUAUUUUUACCCGUGCCUUUGUGUAUGUGUGUGUUGAGAAUAUUUUAAUUGAGACAGAUUUCUCUUUUACAGCAAAAUGUACACUUAACUAGUUCAUUUUUAAAAUAGAGAUUGAGGUCUUCUCUUGUGGUUAAAUGGAAUUAACCAAUAAAUUAGCAACUAAUUCUUUUUAAAAGCAUUCUUUUAGUUAGUGUUA